ACUCAUAUUAUAGAUUAUUUUGAAGAUACAGAUAUAUAGUCAUAGAGGCAAGUAGAGAAGGUAGAGAAACCCUUUUUUCUUUCUUCAUUCAUAUCUCAGUUUUGUUCAGUCUUCUUCCAACAGCAGAGAUAUGGAGGAAAACAAAAUUAUAGGCACGAAAAAGGGAAAGGAAGAUAUGGGAAUUCCGGUUCACAGCCAGGUCAGGAAGAUAAAGCAAGAAUCAGAGAAAAUCGAGGACUGGCCGGCGCCGGAGAUGAGGCCGGUUCUCAGAGAGAUCACAAAGCAGCAGCUUUCCCGGUCGCCGUUGGGAUUAGGCGGUAGACCCAUCUCUGUUGGAGACAUGUAGGGGUCAAGAUGAUCGGAUUUUCAGAAUAAGACUGGGUACCGUCUUUGUGGACCGCUGUCUUCACACAAAGGAAAAAACAGGGUCUUUUUGGCCGGCUAUUACUUAAUGCUUCCCCUGUUUUCCUAUACCAUUUUUUAGGUCUUUUCCUUCUUUUUUUUCCCCUUUUUCAUCAUCCUUGUAUCUCUGUAAAUAUUAUGUUGGGAUUAUAUGAGGAUAGUGGCUUUUUGAUGCUUCAAUUUUGAUAUUUAG